CAUCACUCACAAGAGAACGCAUACGUACAUAACGGUAGGCGACCCGCUUCAUACUCACCAUGGGAGGCACACACGAGAGGGAAAAGCCGUGGGAUACGGAUGACAUAGACAAAUGGAAGAUCGAGGAGUUCAAACCGGAAGACAAUGUAGGAGGUGCUUUCGCCGAGGAAUCAUCCUUCGCUACCCUAUUUCCCAAGUACCGCGAAUUCUAUCUCAAGGAAUCGUGGCCAAUGAUCACGCGCGCACUUGAAAAGCAUGGCAUUGCGUGCACUCUGGACCUGGUCGAGGGAAGCAUGACAGUCAAGACAACGCGCAAGACCUUCGACCCAGCAGCCAUACUUAAAGCUCGAGAUCUUAUCAAGCUGCUCGCUCGGAGCGUGCCUUCACCUCAAGCUGUGAAAAUCCUCGACGAUGGUGUUGCCUGCGAUAUUAUCAAGAUCCGCAAUCUUGUCCGCAACAAGGAGCGUUUUGUCAAGCGACGCCAGCGAAUACUCGGUCCUAACGGCACCACUCUGAAAGCCCUCGAACUGCUCACUCAAACUUACAUUCUCGUGCAAGGCAACACUGUCGCCGUUAUGGGACCUUACAAGGGCCUGAAGGAAGUUCGUCGCGUUGUAACGGAUUGCAUGGCUAAUAUACAUCCAAUCUACCAUAUCAAGGAGCUCAUGAUCAAGCGAGAGCUGGCAAAGGAUCCUGAGUUGGCCAACCAGUCGUGGGAUCGCUUCCUUCCAAACUUCAGGAAGAGGACGCUAAGUAAGAGACGGGUGCCACACAAGGUGACAGAUAAAAGUAAGAAAGUGUACACGCCGUUCCCACCGCCAAUGGAGAAGAGCAAAGUCGAUUUGCAGAUUGAGAGUGGCGAGUAUUUCUUAAGCAAGCAAGCAAAGGAAAGAAAGGCCAAGGAGUUGAGAGAGGAGAGGGUUAGGGAAAAGAUGGAAGAAAAGCGCAAGGCCAGAGAAAAGGACUUCCAACCGCCAGAGGAAGACAAUCGUUCGGUCAGGAAAGAGAGGCCAAAAGACGGGACACAAAAGAAAAAGAAAAAAAAGGAAAACCAUCUAGACGUGGAUGUUGAAGACUGACUUUUUGCAAUAUAUACAUAAACACAGUAUGUUUCUGCAGAGCGGCGGCGCUUGUGUGUGUCAAUUGUAUGUCAUCCAUUGAGCAGAAGCAAUGGUUUUGAGCCAGUCAUUCCUAGGGACAGAUGAAGCGCAACCAAUACACGUUGCGCGCAUUCAUGCUUCAAUUAAUGCGGAAUCUGCGCCCUUUGCACGUCUCGUAGUGCUGUAAAGAGGAAAUUUGUAUACAAGAAUAUACAUUGCUAUUACUCGAUAUUAACCAUUGGUCCCUCCUUUAGGACAUCUAGAACCUUGCUGCUAUAGUAGCGGCAUAACUACGAGCAAACUCGGAAACAGCAUACAUUAAUACAAUGCAGAUUCACUACACUCAAAUGUUGAC